AUGUUUGCCGCUCGCUCUACCUUCAACGCCUUCCAGAAGCGCGCCUUCUCCGCUUCGGCCAGCCAGGCCUCCAAGGUCGCCGUUCUCGGUGCCGCCGGUGGUAUUGGCCAGCCUUUGUCCCUGCUGCUCAAGCUCAACCCCCGUGUCUCUGACCUUGCCCUCUACGACAUCCGUGGUGGACCCGGUGUUGCCGCUGAUCUGAGCCACAUCAACACCAACAGCACCGUCACCGGCUACAACCCCGAUGCUGCUGGCCUCAAGGAGUGCCUCACUGGCGCUGAGAUCAUCCUCAUCCCCGCUGGUGUUCCCCGCAAGCCCGGUAUGACCCGUGAUGACCUCUUCAACACCAACGCCUCCAUUGUCCGCGACCUCGCCAAGGCCGCCGCUGAGGCUGCCCCCAACGCCAAGGUCCUGGUCAUUGCCAACCCUGUCAACUCCACCGUCCCCAUCGUCGCUGAGGUUUACAAGAAGGCCGGUGUCUACAACCCCAAGACCCUGUUCGGUGUCACCACCCUGGAUGUUGUCCGUGCCUCGCGCUUCAUCUCCCAGGUCCAGACCACCGACCCCUCCGCUGAGAAGGUCCCCGUCGUUGGUGGCCACUCCGGUGUGACCAUCGUUCCCCUCCUGUCCCAGUCCGGCCACCCCUCCAUUGCCGGUGAGGCCCGUGACGCCCUUGUCAACCGCAUCCAGUUCGGUGGUGACGAGGUUGUCAAGGCCAAGGACGGUGCCGGUUCCGCCACCCUCUCCAUGGCCAUGGCCGGUGCUCGCUUCGCUGAGUCCCUCCUCCGCGCCGCUGACGGCGAGAAGGGUGUCAUUGAGCCUACCUUCGUUGACUCUCCCCUCUACAAGGACCAGGGUAUUGACUUCUUCGCCUCCAAGGUCGAGCUCGGCCCCGAGGGUGUCAAGGAGAUCAACUCCGUUGGCCCCAUCAACGAGUACGAGCAGGGUCUCCUCGAGGCCUGCCUCGCUGACCUGAAGAAGAACAUCCAGAAGGGUGUUGACUUCGUCAAGGCCAACCCGUAA